UAGUUUCGGCGUUUGUUCUCCGAGUGAGGGGUCCAUUCGGAGAUAAGAGUGUGUGGAAGUCUUCGGCUAGGCGGAAGCCCUUUCUCUGAGUACUUUAAAGAUGAGAUGCAAGGAAGAGAAGAAGGAUUUCUUUUUGUUAUUCUUCCCGGGUUCUGUCUCUGAUUACCGUUUUGGGUGUUGCGAAUCUUGGAUUGGGUGCUGGGAUCAAGCUAAAGACUUCUCUUGAUCGAUUUCAAGUUGUUUGAGUGGUAAAGCUCUUGCAUCCGGCUGCGUUAGAAUUUAAAUUCGAACUCAUGUACACAGUUCUGGGAGCCAAAGUUGGAAACUGGAGCUAACUUCAAGAGCUUGAUUCGGAUUCUGUAAUCCGAGCCCAUCAAAAAAAAAAAAAAAAACAAUCUUCGUUUGGAAGAGUUCAAACAUGGCAAUUGGAAGCCUUCCACCGAUCGAGAGGAAGGGAGGCCGGAAGAAUGAGGAGAUUCGAGAUGAGACUGCUCCGCUGCUACCAACCAUCCAGGAAAAUGGGGGAUUUAGUGAAUUCAAUGGAGCUUCCUUUUCAGGGGCUGUUUUUAAUUUAUCGACAUCCACUGUUGGAGCUGGCAUCAUGGCCUUGCCUGCCACCAUGAAAGUCUUGGGGCUAAUCCCUGGGAUUUUGAUGAUCAUUUUUGUUGCUUUCCUGACCGAGUCUUCGAUCGAGAUGCUGAUCAGGUUUAGCCGGGCAGGGAAGGAAACUUCAUAUGGAGGAGUCAUGGGAGAUGCGUUCGGGAAGUUCGGACGAAUGCUGUUGCAGAUUAGUGUGACUGUGAAUAAUAUGGGCAUGAUGAUUGUGUACAUGAUUAUUAUUGGUGAUGUGCUUUCUGGAACAUCUUCUAGUGGCAUUCACCACUCCGGGAUCUUGGAAGGAUGGUUUGGAGAACAUUGGUGGACUUGCCGUGCUUUUGUUCUUCUAGUUACAACCCUCAUCGUGUUCAUUCCAUUAACAAGCUUUAAGCGUGUAGAUUCACUGAGAUACACUUCAGCCUUAUCAGUUGCUCUAGCGGUUGUUUUUGUUGUUAUAACUGCUGGAAUUGCCAUCAUCAAGUUACUGAAUGGAAGCAUCCUGAUGCCCAGACUGUUUCCCCAACUAUCAGAUUUAGCAUCUGUCUGGAAUCUUUUCACCACUGUCCCUGUUGUUGUCACUGCAUAUAUCUGCCAUUUCAAUGUUCACAGCAUUGAUAAUGAGCUUGAAGACUCUUCGCAGAUUCGACCAAUCGUGCAGACUUCUGUAGCCCUCUGCUCUAUUGUCUACAUAGCUACAAGCUUCUUUGCUUUCCUUCUCUUUGGUGACUCCAUACUUGAUGACGUGCUUGCCAACUUCGACUCAUAUCUCGGUAUCUCAUACAGUUCUAUUCUCAAUGACAUUGUCCGAGUGAGCUAUGCUGGACACAUCAUGCUCGUCUUUCCUAUGGUCUUCUUUGCGCUCCGACUCAACCUUGAUGGCCUAAUCUUUCCCUCAGCGAGUCCUUUGUCUUCAGAUAACCGGAGAUUUGCGUUCAUUACAGUGAUGCUCCUCUCUCUGAUAUACUUGGCUGCAAUUUUUAUUCCCAGUAUCUGGGAUGCCUUCCAAUUUACUGGUGCAACUGCUGCUGUCUGUAUUGGAUUCAUCUUUCCUGCAGCCAUUACCCUCAGAGAUCCUCAUGGCAUAGCAACGAAACGUGAUAGGAUCCUAUCCGCUUUCAUGAUUGUGCUUGCUGUGUUCUCGAAUGUGGUGGCCAUAUACAGCGACGCCUACUCUCUCUUCCAGAAGAGCAAGGAGGCUUAGAUGGUCUUUAGCCAAAACAGGACCGCAGCGACUGGAGAUUAGCGUGCAUAGAGUAGUGUAUUGGAAUUAUUUUAGAGCCCAGUUGGAGAUGUGGGCGGCAUGCAGUAGUCUAGUCUGUUUGGUAAUAAAAAAUGUAACUUGAUGUAUAAGUUUGGUAAUAAGUUUGAGUUGAAUGUAUUGCAGCACAUGUACACAUGUCAAAAGAUAGAUAUAUGUGUGUGUAUUGUCGAAGUGUAUCAUCCCAGUGGAAGUUGGGCAUUGUCCUGGAAGUCAAAAAAUAAAAAA